UCACGUGCCGAUAAUAUUGGAUGGACUUUUUUCUGAUUAUUUAAUCAUUUUAAUUAUGUGGUAUAGUAAUAGCUUAAGGAGGGAGUACUAUAAUAUUAACAUAUUUUAGAUAAGUACUAAGAUAAUCAUGAAUGCUCAUGAAGAUGUACCGACAUUGAAGUUAGUUCUACUAGGAGAAUCAUCAGUAGGAAAGACAGCAUUAGUUCAUCGAUUUACUACUAAUAAAUUUGAUAGUAAUACUACCAAUACUAUUGGAGCUGCGUUUAUUACUAAAUUAUAUCAUUCACAAUUAAAACCAGAAAGGCGAAUAAAGUUUGAAAUAUGGGAUACUGCAGGUCAGGAAAGAUAUAGAUCAUUAACGCCAAUGUAUUAUAGAAAUGCUAAAGUUGCAUUAGUAUGUGUUGAUUUAAGUAAUUUUGAAGAUAGUUUUAAAACUGCUAAAUUUUGGAUAGAACAAUUAGAAAUUAAUAAUAGUGGUAAUAAUAGUGAUAAUGAUUCAAAUGAUAAAUUAAUUGUGCGAUUAGUAGGAAAUAAACUGGAUCUUUUUGCGAAGUUGAGUGAUGAAGAAAAAUCAGAUAUUACUUUUAAAAUAAAUCAAUUUACUGAUUCAACAGGUAUUAUAUAUAAUCAAACAAGUGCAUUUGAUGGAACUGGAUUAACAGAAUUAUUCGAUGAAAUUGUAGAUGGAAUUGAUGAUAAAAUUUUUAUCGAGUACUAUGAACAAAAGUCAAAAACUACUACUGAAAAUCAAAUUGGAUCUAUUCUUGAUGCUCGUAUGAAUGGCCAAUCUACUUCUUCAUAUACAUGUUGUUAA